CGCGCAAGGAUUUGGGAAAUCCCAAAAAUAUAAAGCAUAUUAAAAAAAACAUAUUAACGAAACAAUUGGGUGGGUAAACUGUAUAAGAAAAAAAGCCAACUUACUCAUCAUUAGGCUCGGAAGCAUGGCUCUGAAUGUGAACGCGAGCUGCGCGCUCUGCGCGUCCCCGCCGCCGGGACAGGACUCCGGCGCUGUGUCUGGUUCUCUGGCUGCUAUCCUCAUCUUCACCAUCGUGACUGAUGUGAUAGGAAACGCGCUGGUUAUUCUGUCCGUCUACCGCAACAAGAAGCUCAGGAACGCAGGUAAUAUAUUUGUGGUGAGCCUUUCUGUGGCUGACCUGAUGGUGGCGCUUUACCCAUACCCCCUGGCCCUGCUGGCCAUCUUCCACGGCGGCUGGACGCUUGACGCAGUGCAGUGCCAGCUGAGCGGCUUCAUUCUGGGCCUUGGUGUUAUCGGCAGUGUCUUCAACAUCACAGCCAUCGCCAUCAAUCGCUACUGCUACAUCUGCCACACGGUGCACUACGAGCGUUACUACACACGUCGCAACACUUGUCUGUGUUUGAGUCUCACAUGGCUCCUGAGUGCCAUCGCAACGCUGCCCAACUUCCUGCUCGGUUCGCUGACGUACGACCAUCGGGUCUUCUCCUGCACUUUUACGCAGACCGUUAGUUCUUCAUACACAGCGAGUGUUGUGCUGGUCCACUUUCUAAUCCCAUUAGCUGUCGUGUCAUUCUGUUACCUGCGUAUCUGGAUGCUGGUGAUCAGGGUCAAAGGUCGUGUGCGGCCCAGAUCCUGCGCACGGGCUGCUGACUUGCGCCACUUUCUAACAAUGUUUGUAGUGUUUGUGCUUUUCGCGGUGUGCUGGGCACCGCUGAACUUCAUCGGCCUGGCUGUGGCACUAGAUCCAGUCAACGUGGCACCAAAGGUACCCGAGUGGCUCUAUGUGGCCAGCUACUUCCUGGCAUAUUUCAACAGCUGCCUGAACGCUGUUGUCUAUGGCCUCCUCAACCAGAACUUUCAACGAGAGUACAAGCAGAUCCUUCUCUCACUUUGCACACCCAGAGCUCUGCUCCAUUGUAACUUCCAAUCUAAGGCCAUUAGGAGCACGCAAUCCCCUGCAGUGACCAACGACAUCCUGGUGGAGGCUCAACUGUGAACAAUGGGUGAAGUUUGGUAUUUGGUGGUUCUUUAGAAAACGCUUGAUAUAAAGACUCUACAUGGGGAAUACAAAUAUUGUAUAGUGUACUGCAGGAAAGUAAAAUAAAUGUUAAUAAAAACUGUAAACCUGUAUGUAAAGGGGUUUAUGCAGAUUUUAGACCUAAGUGCCUAUAAAGACUGUUACUAUAGUCUUUAAAAAUAAUCUGGUGAAUGCUUAUCUUUUGGGGUGGGGCUAUGAGAGGAAGAGGGCUUACCUACUUAACAAAAUGAAAAAUAAUUGAGUUUGACAAAAGCUUUAAAAAGUGCACAACAUUUUCAAUCCAAGCCAGCAAAAAAGCCCUAACCCUUAACCCUAACCCUUA